AUGUUCCCCACGGAGGCGGAGUACGACUACAUCGUCGUCGGAGGAGGGACCGCCGGGUGCCCCCUCGCCGCCACCCUCUCCCAGGAGUACCGAGUCCUCCUUCUUGAGAGAGGAGGGGUCCCGCAGGAGUUUCCCAACCUGAUGAGCCAGGAAGGUUUCCUCGCGACGCUGGUGGAGACAGACGCCUACAACUCGCCCGCGCAGGCCUUCAUCUCCGAGGAAGGGGUGCCGAACGCGAGGGGCAGAGUCCUCGGCGGCAGCAGUGCAAUCAACGCCGGCUUCUACAGCCGCGCGGAGCCCGAGUUCUUCAUGGAGGGCGGUGGCGGCGGCCCGAUCCGGUGGGACAUGGAGAUGGUGAACCAGUCCUACGAGUGGGUGGAGCGGGCGGUGACCUUCCGGCCGCUGCUCCGGGGCUGGCAGUCCGCCAUUAGAGACAGCCUCUUGGAGGCCAACGUCACCCCCUACAACGACUUCACCGUCCUCCACCUCCACGGGACCAAGAUCGGCGCCUCCACCUUCGAUCCCUCCGGCCGGAGGCGCAGCGCCGCCGAUCUGCUGGCCUUCGCGAGAGAGGAGAACAUCCAGGUGGCCGUUCGAGCCACGGCGGAGAAGAUCUUGCUCAAGCCCCUGUCACCAACCUCCGCUACCUCUUCCAGCGCCGGCAAGGUUGCAGAGCGCGCGGCCGCCGGCGAGAAGAGCAAGAAGCAGAGGGCGAUCGGCGUCGUCUACCGUGACCAGUUCGGCAUGAGGCACCGCGCCACAACCCGCGCCGGCGGGGAGGUGAUCCUGUCGGCGGGCGCCCUGGGGAGCCCCCAGCUGCUGCUCCUCAGUGGCGUAGGGCCUCGAGGGCACCUCCAGUCCAUGGGCAUCGCCGUCGCCCGGCAUCACCCUCACAUCGGCAAGUUCGUCUACGACAACCCCCGCAACGGCAUCUCCAUCGCGCCGCCUGCGCCCCUCGAGCAUUCCCUCAUACAGGUGGUGGGCAUUACCGACUCCGGGGCCUUCCUGGAGGCCGCCUCCACCGUCGUCCCCUUCUACUCCCCUGCUCGGCCGUUGUUCCUCCACAGAGCCUCGUCGCCGCUGUACGUCACCGUCGCCACCGUCAUGGAGAAGGUAGCGGGGCCGCUGUCGGAGGGCUGGCUCCGCCUGGCCUCGCUGGACGCCCGCGACAACCCGAGGGUCCGCUUCAACUACUUCUCCGACGGCGGUGACCUGGAGCGGUGCGUGGAAGGCCUGAGGAAGAUCGGGGACCUGCUGGAGGCGCAGUCGAUGGAGGAGUUCAAGCUCCCCCGAUGGCUACCGCUCGAGGAAGCCCUGCAGGGCGGCGGCGCCGCCGGGAGGGAUUUCCGGUUCGUCGGACCGGCGCUGCCUGUAAACCGCUCGGACGGCGCCGCCAUGGAGGAGUUCUGCCGGCGGACGGUCACCACGAUCUGGCACUACCACGGCGGCUGCGUCGCGGGGAAGGUAGUGAACGGGGAGCUCAAGGUGACCGGCGUGAGCUCGCUCCGGGUGGUCGACGGCUCCGUCCUGUCAGCGUCUCCGGGGACCAAUCCGCAGGCCACUCUCAUGAUGAUGGGGAGGUACCUGGGCCAGAGGAUGAUCCUGGAGAGGAGGAAGAAGAGGAGCCGGCUCAACACCCGGCCCUCUGCAACUCUCACGCCGUCGCAGGACCUGAUGAACCCUCCUUCCAUGGAUGUCGAGAACUGA